AGGUGGAGUGGAAACCCCCAUCACACAAUCAAAACAGAGGACUGCCAGGUUACAGUCGAACCCAUCCACACAGAGGUGGACAUGUCAACACAGGGCCUCACACCCACGGUAACCAUGGCAACCAGACCUACACCAACCGACGCAACCUGUUCAACAGCAACGGCAGUGAUAGCUCAGAGGGCGAGAAUGAUCCAGACUACAUCCCAAGGCCUUUCAGGCGAAAGGAAAUAACGUACAGUCGCUUAGGGCUGGAAGACUUCGACUUCUCUCGGCACAACCGCACGCGCUUCGGAGGACUUGAACCUUACGCAUCAAACGCAUACAGUAACGCGCUAUUGCAGG